AUGGUUCUGAGGAGUGAGUUAUGUUGCUUAUGGACUUUAAGUUUCUGUCUGGUAGCCAGUGAAUUGUCUCUCACUGUCCCAUCCAUCAACGACGAGAGUUUCAUAGAACAAUGUGUCGCUGCUCACAACGAAAUGCGUGGCCAAGUUCAGCCCCCCGCGGCCGAUAUGAAAUACAUGACUUGGGAUGAAGGCUUAGCAAAGACAGCAAAAGCAUGGGCAAAUAAGUGCAAAUUUAUCCACAAUGGCUGUAUGAGUAAAUCGUAUAAAUGUCAUCCAACUUUUGAAUUUAUUGGAGAAAAUAUCUGGAUAGGUUCAUUAUCUACAUUCACACCAAAAUCUGUUAUUGCUUCUUGGUAUAGUGAAAAUAAAUUUUAUAAUUAUAGUAGUCUACAGUGUUCCAAAGUUUGUGGCCAUUAUACACAGGUAGUUUGGGCCAAUUCAUAUAAAGUUGGCUGUGCAAUUACACUUUGCCCUAACCUUGGGAAAGCUGAAAUUUCAAUAUUUGUAUGUGACUAUGGACCUGGAGGAAAUUAUAUGAAGACACUCCCUUAUAAAAAAGGAACGCCCUGUUCUAUGUGCAAUGAAGAGACCUGUGAAAACAAGCUCUGCCGAAAUAAAGAACGUGAUGAAAUUCAGAGUAUGUAUCAAAACAUUUGA